UGUAUUUGUUUCAUGUGCUGUAGGUAUGGGAUGAAAUGGAGCAGCGUCUACAUGUGGGCCCACCGGAGGCCGGGAGUGAGAGGGAGAGGAUUUUCAAUGAGUCUCUUGGUCUUGUUAGAGAUGUCAUACUCUCUGUGGUGAAGAAGAGGAAGGACGGGACUGAGACUGAAGAAGUACCUUUUGUCGAUGCAUUGCUUCAGUCACAAGUACCUGAUGACCAGAUAAUAUCAGAUGCUGUGACAUUCAUGGUUGGUGGUUUACACACGUCUGGUUAUCUCUUGGUUUGGGCUACAUACUACAUGAGUCAGCACCUUGAGGUACUCAACAGUGUUGUGGCUGAGAUGAGAAAGGAGGUCGGGAAUGACAGGAGUGAAAAGCUUUAUGAAUAUGCUUAUUCUACAACAUCGUAUUUAAGGAAAGUCCUUGAUGAGACACUAAGGCUGUCUACAUUGGCACCGUAUGCUGCACGCUAUUCUGAAGAGGAUAUAACUGUUGGGGAAUACUCUAUUCCUGCUGGUACUCCCAUCAUUGAUGCAUUGGGAGUCUCAUUAAAGAAUGAAUGUUUAUGGAAGAAUGUCCACAAGUUUGAUCCAGAACAUUUUGGAUCCUGUGCCCUCCAAAGCAAAGAUUCUAUGGCCUUUUCACCAUUUGGUAUGGGUAGACGCAAGUGUCCUGGCUACCAGUUCUCUUAUGUUGAAGUCUCAAUAUUCCUCACUCUUCUACUCCAGAGGUUCAACCUGAAGCCAGUGAGUGAUAAAGGAGUUGGUAUGGUCCACGGAUUGGUCACUAGCCCCAGUGAGCCACUCUAUUACACUGUACAUCCAAUAGCCUCUGAUGAAUCAACCACUGAGGAAUGACUGAGUCAAGUGUGAACGUGCUAUUAAUGUUUAAUCCUGUCUCUGUGUGCUUAUAUAGUAUUUCCACUUUGAUUUUGUGCUAGCUAUCAUUAUUAUUAUGUGUAUUAAUAAUUAUGCUCAUUUUGCUGAUUUAACUGUUUACUUCUAUCAUAAUAAUUAUAUUAAUAAUAAUAAUAACAAUAAUUUCACAUGUAGUAGAACACAGCUAAUAAUUAUAUUACAUUCAUUAAUUGCUAGUUUGGUCUAUAGGCUCAUCGUUUGAUGAUUCUUCUGAAUCUGUUCUCCUCCAUCUUUUGUUUGAAUAUGUCGA